AUGGGCUUGGUGUCAAACAUAUGGAAUUUUAUUAGGUUAGAUGAUCCUUCAGAAUUUAAAAAUGAUUAUAUUAAUAAAGAUAUUGAUAGAUCCAGAAGGCCUAAAGAUCAAAAGAAAGGUUUGAAAAAGCUGAAAUUUUGGGAAUACUUUAAUUUAUACCCCUCCUAUUACAGUCCCUAUGAAAGAAAUUUUCUGAUAAAGUUUGAUGUUUCAGUUCUCCUAUUUUUGGGCGCUUCGUUUUACACGAAAUACUUGGACAAUAUGAAUAUUGGUGCAGCUUAUGUCUCUGGAAUGAAGGAGGAUAUCAAUGUUACGGGAAAUGAGCUAAACUACUUCAACACUAUGUACACGGUUGGAUAUGUGCUAUUUCAAAUUCCCAUAACAUUGUGCAUAACCAGGCCAAAGUAUUCCAGAUAUUUGCUUAUUGGUUGCGAAUUUGUAUGGGGAAUGCUCACUCUUGCAAAUGCUUUUGUGCAGACUCCCCAACAGGUUUAUGCUAUUAGAUUUUUCAUUGGUGUGUUUGAAGCAUGUUCGUAUCCGGCGUCAUAUGUUGUUUUCAGUAGCUACUUAACGGAGGACGAACUUUUCAAACGAGCUGGCAUCUACGGGGCAUUUGCUGUUGCUGGUUCCGCAAGCAGCGGUCUUCUACAAACUAGAACUCUUGAAAGCUUGUCAGGUGUUGGAGGCCUUGCAGGGUGGAGAUGGCAAUUUAUUAUCGAUGCAAUUAUAACUAUGGGAAUUGUCAUAUAUGGCUUCUUUUUAUUUCCGGGUAUUCCAACUUCUUGCAAAAAGUUCGGACUAUUCACCGAAGAUGAUAUGAUUUUUGCUCGGAAAAGACUACGUGGUGUUCAAGCAAAUCCGGAGAAGUUUACUAAAAAGUCGAUAGUCGAAACACUCACUACUUGGCAGGUGUAUAUUUGCAGCUUUUUAUGGACUUUUCAUCACAUGACUCUUUACUCGAAUGGUGCAAAGUUAUACAUGAAAUCUAAGCCGCAGUGGUAUUCUACUGCUGAUGUGACAAACUGGGAUGCUUACAUGUGGUUUAUUGGCCUUGGUUCAGAUCUUAUACUUUCUCCUUUAGUUAAAAGUAUUGGAAAGUUGAAAGUGGCCGCGAUAGUGUUCCCCAUUACUUACUAUGCUGCAAUAAUUCUUGUUAUAUGGAAUUGUUCCCACAACGUGCGAAUUUCGGCAUUUUUCUUACAGCAUGUCUUGUAUGAUGGAAUGUCACAGCCAAUUUUUUCCUGGGCUGCUACCCUCUGUAAGGAUAAUGUUGAAAAGAAAGCAUUGGUUCUUUCCAUAAUGCAGGUGUGCUCCUACGCCACAAAUGCAUGGGCCGUCCCAAUACAGUAUAACGUGAAAUACUCGCCUCGUUUCAAGGGUGGUUACAUUGCAAAUUUGGUGAUUGUGGUCAUGACCAAUGUUUUCUACGUUGCUUGUUGGAUUUUCGAUCAUUACGACUACCGGUUCUGUCAAAAAUAUUCGGGACAUAGGCAUGAGUUGCAAACGAAUGGAACUUCGGAAAUUGAGGAUAGUAAUGCAGAGAAUCAUGUCACACAAGAAACUGUCGAAAUCUUACCCGUUAAGUUUUGA